UGAAAAUUCCUCACAAGCUCCUGUGUCGGGUGCAGCAGGAACAUUGGAACCAAUAGGAACAAAGUAACAUAAAACUAAAUACUCGGAGCUCAGAGAAGCUGCAGUCUGUAUGUGGGUGUGAAGGAACCUGUUUGGGUGACUUUUACUGACCAGUAGCUGCAGGAGACCUGAAGGUGGGGUCAUUUUCAAUAAAGUGUGUACAAACGUUUCACUUGUUUCGUUUGGCAACCCUGAUCAUGAAAUAAGGUGAAAUCUCCUGUCAAGCCCUAAGUCCAAGAAGUGAGAAUCCUGUUAUUGCCUGGCUGACCAAUAGGGAUGAAGUGUCCAGCAGAUUGGUAUAAGAAUAAAUGUCUCUUUCGCUUUAUAUAUGCCACGCUGAUCAUAUUCACUUUGGCCUUUCAUUGGAACAGUUUCCUUCGGUCCUCUUUUCAAUUGGACAAAUUUCACAUAAAGAUCUCGAUCCCACUGCAGGACACACAUUGCCUAACCUGGCAGUCAAGCAAUCACAGUGAACAAAUCCUCCCAAAAUUUAUUCGGAAUACCAAUUUAUUUCUAACGAUUGAUGGUGCCUGGUGGCACAAGCCAAACUAUCUGUUUCACACAUUACCAUAUGGGAUUAAGGGCAAUGAAGUGAUUGUCAAAAAGAUAUUGGUCCGAACACAGUCCAACAUGCCAGAUGAGAUAGACAGGUUAAAUUGCAAACAAUGUGUUAUCGUUGGCAACGGGAACACCCUGAGGAACAGCUCCCUCGGAGAAACAAUUGACAAUUACGAUGUUGUUAUUCGAUUAAACAAUGCUCCAGUGAGAGGCUUUGAAAAGGAUGUUGGCAACAAAACAACUCUAAGGAUCUUUUACCCGGAAUCAGCAACUGAAGAUCCCACUCUUGAAAACAAUCUCGAUACACUCUUUGUGCUUGUACCCUUUAAGACAGUUGACAUUCACUGGUUAAAGGCGAUUGUGUAUAACGAAACAAAAGUAACAUCAGGAUUCUGGAAAAGGCCAGCCUUUGUAAAGAACUUGGAUCCUACUAAGGUGCGGAUACUCAAUCCCUAUUAUAUGUAUCAAGCUGCAAUGAAAUUACUGGAAAAUCCAGACAUGAUUAAACGGAGAAGAACUCAUCCAACCACUGGGUUUUUAGCUGUCACACUGGGCCUGAACUAUUGCGGUGAAGUCCACGUGGCUGGAUUUGGUUAUCCACUGAAUCAAAAAGACGGACUGAUUCAUUAUUUUGAUCAGCUGAAAAUGAGACAGAUGUCUAAUUCUGUGCACAAUGUCAACCAUGAACAGCAGUUUUUGAAGAAGCUAAAGAAUGCUGGAGUUAUCAAAUAUCUCACUUAACCACAGUAAUUCUAUUUACAUUUUGGAGAUGACUGGCUUUUAACAAAUCUGCUGGGAAUUUAGAUUUUUCUUGUACCUAUACCCUCUCCUCCAGCACUGUCAGAAUCCCACCACAGCAUGUCACUCUUUCCACCCUGCUGCCCUGUUUCCAACUUUGUCUGGUGGAGGUUGUCUUGAUUUUUAAGCAACAAUUGCUGAUAGCUGUCACAUCACUGAGACAAACUUGAUGAAUUCCAUAUUUUGUUAAUUUAAUUUAAAUUCCACCAGCUGCCAUGGAGGAAUUUGAACCCAUGUCCCCAGGGUAUUAGCCUGGACCUCUACAUUACCAGUCAUUAUCACCACAUUACUAUCUCCCCUAUGAACACACAAGAGCAAAACGUGUGCAAGAAAGAACUGCCUUUCAAGGAGAGGAGACAGAACAUUCGAUUCUGAACAUUCAUGGAGCAACACGUUGGGAAAAAUUCUCCCCCCUUUGGGUGUGGGGGAGGACGUGCGGCAGUGGGCGCAGGCGGGAGCACUUCCGAUCAGCGCCUCUGAUUGGGGGCAUGCCACCAUUUUAUGCAGGUGGGCCAGUUAAGGCCCGCCCAACGUGACAUCCACCAGGAAGCUCUGCGCGUUCCCUGUGCGGGUGGGGUGGGGGGUGGGAUUCUCUCAGCCCAGAGCGCGCUCUUUUGUGAUCUCAGGGAGAUCAGUGCAAGAGCGCACUGAUCUCCCUGAGGCUAAGUGCUGCCUCAGGGUG